AUGGUGGGGCUGCCGUACGACUGCCUCUCGAACCCUCUUGGGGCGGUGCGGGUGACCUUUGAGAAGGCCGUUGCGGGUUCUCCCGACUUCGAUCCAGCGACGUUCGAUCGCAAAGACUGGGGUGCCGUCGAUGUCUUCCGCAGCUUUCUCUUCAACGACGGCGGCCUCUCGCAGGUAUAGCAAACGGCGCAGAGAUCGUUUCCCGCAUCUUACACGACUUGAUCGAUCACGUCGAUAAGGUCGAAUCGUAUUGAAUGUUUUGUUUUCUGUUCACUUGGUUCCACUUCGAGACCGUAGUCAUUUUCUCUUCGCUUUUGCUACUGCUAUUUGUCUGAUUGAGGUAAACGUACCCCGAGCUUAUGUUUUUUACGUGUGUGCUACCGGGAAACUUUGAAAGGAGGCCAAGAAUCAUUCCUUUUGGGAUCGGAAUUUUACACUUCCAAUGUUUCGUGAAUGUUCUUGUCCGUUGUGUAUUCAUGUUUUUCUUAAUUCUUUUUUGUGAAAAUAUUACCGAAGGAUCAUUCAGCUAUUUCUAGGGAUUCACGAUUGUCUUGAGAAUGUCGGAGUUGAUGCCUGAGAAGUUAACAAAUGGAUGACGCAAUUUUGGCCCCCUCUUGGUCACAGGUUCUUGUUCUAGAACAAUCGAAUCUCCACCUUAUCCGUCCCAAUUCUCUCGUGCGUUUUAGAGGGAUGGUUCAAGACAUGCUCGGCAAUGAAUUAUACAUCGGUGCUUUUAAGGUAUUGUCCUCCCCCUGCGAUUCCUUGCGCUCAUCUUUUGUGUGGAUAUGAUCUACUUUAACCCUUAGUGCUCUUCAUUUCUCAUAGGAUGGUUCGACAUGGAGAACUAAUAAAUUCACAGAUGUUGCUCCAGUUCCUAUAUCGCCUGCAUCCCAAACUCGACUUUGGGAAAGGCGCCUGUUAUAUUGUGUCCCAGUGAGAUGCUAACCUUCUGCUGCAUUUUAGAUUAUCUAGAGUGGAACAUCCGAUAUCUUAGGCAUUAAGUGUUUUAAUGCUGUCAGGUUCCCGGACAAAAUACAUGGGUCUCAGAGGUCUGUCCUUCUACUCAAUUUCCCACAAACCUAUCGAAUGAUCAUUCAUUAAAUUACGGAGAAAAGCGAAGGAGAGAAGACAAUGCUAACAUGGAUUUUGAUGUAAGUAAAUAUUCCCUGCGCACUUGUACAUUUUGUGUAUCCUCUGUCAACUAACUUUAGUUAUCUGCAGGAAGUUGGCCUUGCGGAAAGGAUUGCAACUUCGGGUAGCAAAAAACAGGUGUGCUACAUAACCGAGUGCCAUAUACUUGCCAGGAGCAAAUGACGGAUGAUUUUUUGAAACUGUGGCCAAUAAAUAUUCCUUCGGUUGGAUCAACAUGGCAGUCUGUUUGUUGCUUUAUAGGAUUGUGGUUUUGAGAUAUUUCACUCUUAUUGCAUUAUUAGUGGCAGGUCUAGAACGUUUUUUUAUAGAUAUAGGAUUGACCCUGCCACUGAAUCUGCGAUCAUCCUGACAGGUUCUGAGAUUUACAUCAUUAUCAAAUACCGGAUGACGGAUUGUAGUUUCGGUGGCGUCAGUUUAUCUGAACUCUCGAUGAUGUUGUAGUUCUAUGUAGCAGUGAUAUACGAAUCCCAAAAACCACGUUCCAUUGCUACAAUAAGCCGCAUGUUCGCCAGAAGAUACAUAACUCUGCGUUUAUACUACAGCUUGGUAUCCUUGAACCUACGGAAUUUGUCAUGUAUGAAAGUUAGCUUGAACGACCAAAUAUUUAGUACAUUAUCCUAAUAAAAACUUCAAACGCGCUGUGAGAAGUUUUGCUUUCGUUUUAGGGGGUGGUAUCUGAGAUGAACUUCCAAUGUCUGUAAAUGGUUUGCUUCUGCAUAUGAUAAAAAAUGUAAUCGUUGAUUAUAUUUGGUAGUUAUCACUUGGAGUUUCACCCCCGCUAAAAAUAAGAGCUGGAUUAGGGAUGAUGUAAGGACUUCGAAAGUGCUGUUUGAAUUUGGAUCGAUUUCUAAUGGGUGUAAUGCAGCCUGUAAUGACGUGUUGAUUUUUGGCUAAAAGCCGGGGUAGGAGUAUUCAAAGCUGUUGCAAUAAGUGUGGCAUGUCCAAAAGGGGGAUUCUUGUCUGCAGGGUUUCAAUUUAGUACAUGCCUGCCAACCAGAAGGAUUUCUGUGACAAAGAGCUCUGCUGCAUUUGAUAUGCUUUUAACCAAGCUCCACUAGCUGUAUUUACGACGACAUGGCACAUUUAGAAUGUUAAAGCUUGUCUUCUGAAAUAAUUUUUUUGGGCUAUGUUGUGUGAUAUUAAAAUAUCCUUUUCAGAAAGAGGGUGAACUCUCUUCUUUAUCCCCUCUAGAGAUGGUUACUCGAGAUGUUGCCUUCAAUUCCAGGAUAAGCCCUCUUGAUGCGGGUUCCCUGUCAUGCCUAGUCAAGGUAAAAUGUCUACUGUCGCUUUACAAAGCACUCUGGUUUAAUAUCAUUCGUCAAGGAUAUCUUUUAUGACAUCUUUUUCAAUUUCUGACAGAUUUACGACAUGCCUGAGAAUGAUAUAAAAUUAAAUGACGUGAUUGAGUUCAUAGGUGUCUACACUUUCGAUCCGGAUGUAGCAGUUCAUGACAGUAACGAUGCCGAUGAGUUCCCAUAUGGACUCAUGGAAGAUAUCUCUGUUCAUUUGCCUCCUAGUAAGGUUUGUGGAUCUGACACCGAAGGAUUCGAUUUCUGUGCCUUCAUUAUAUAUCUGCAUAGUUUUUUAUUUUCUUCAUCGCCUCCAAUCAACUGCUGAGACUAUUUUCGGACUCGGCUGGCCUCAAAACUUAACUUUUCAUGCUACUCAGUCAACUCCAUCAGGAUACCGAAAUGGGUAAUUAGGAUCAUCAACUCGGUGUGUCAAUGGGCUUCUUCCCUUUUCACUUUUGGGUAGGUUACCUUCAGUUACGGGCUACUGCCGUUCUAUGCCAUUCACUGUCUAUUCCUCAUGCUUAAGGACUUCUUUUUCAGUGCUAUGGCACAAGCCUUCGCUAUGCUAUUUUCUUCAACCUUGACUCUAAUUAUUCUCUCAAUCAGGUUCAGCAAAUGGUUGGAAAAUACCUAAACCCUAUCUUCGUGCCGUUAUUUGAAGCUACAGAGCAGUCUUCUAUCUGAUAUCUACAACUCAUGUUCGAAGCUUUGUUGCAGGUGCCUCGCCUUCAUUGCUUAACCUUUCAGAAAAUGAGUCCUCAGGAUCUUGUAUCCAGGUCGUGCUUCAUCGAGGUGAUUCUUACCAGUUCAAGAAAAUCACAUACCGCGAAUAGAUGUUAAUUCUGUGGUAGACAUAAGGGACCAGCUUUGCCUCAAAUAGAUUGAAUAAUUUUUCAUCUCUCUGUUGAGUCAAACUUAGGAUUCACUUUCAACUUCCUGUGCUCGAUUGCUGAUGGGUUCCGUUGCCUUCAGGGUUUGCCUUCUGCGGUGAGAGUUGUUCGUGAAUCCUUGCUGAGGCACCUCACAGCAGUCCUGGGAAAUGAUGGGCUGGCGGCCCAAUUCAUUUUGCUGCAUCUUCUAUCAAGGGUACGCCAUUUUCCCCUGUAUUUCUGUUCACCCUAUCUAUCAUUGGAACAGAUUAAAAGCCUCAAGAGCAAAAUUGAGAUUAACUAGGAGACACUUAGCCUCAAGAGCACCAUUAAUACUGUUUUAGUUAUGCUUUUAAUCUGACGUAAACACACACAACUGAGAUAGUCUCUCUGUCUCUGUCUCUGUCUCUCUCUCUCUCUCUCUCUCUCUCUCUCUCUCUCUCUCUCUCUCUUUCUAUGUGUUUCUUUCUCGCCGGCAGGUCCGGGCGAGAGUGGAUGUGGUGGUGGUGGGCAAACUCUCGGUGAACCUGACUGGCUUCACCCGAGAGAGCGCGUCAAUCUUUGGAAAUGAGCUCGUUCGAUCGAUUGGGGACUUGCUGCCGUUCUCGCAAGCGAUCCCCCUCUCCGUGGAGUAUCUCAACACGACCCAGCUCCAACCCAGGAAAGAUAACUCCACCGGAAGGUUGACCAUACUUGGCGGCUUUUUCUUCUUCUGGAGAUUUCUAUAUUCAUAUCUAUCUUUUGGUAUUCAUUCAUAUAUCUCCAGGAUGAUCGCUGGGAUCCUGCAACUGGCGCAGGGCACCCACUUGACCGUGGAUGAAACUCGCCUGGACGCCGGAACUCUCAACGCCGCCGGCGUCGAGAACGCGAGGCUGCUCAGACAGCUGCUGGAGUGGCAGACAGUGGGUCUUCCAUGAUUGAUCAUUUAAAUUCGUGGUUGAGGCUUCCUCAGACCCUAAUCAUCUGGCGUUGACUUUCAGGUGGGUUACGACUGCGAGUACUACAAGCUGGACCUGGCUUCGGACGUCCAGGUGCUGGUCUUAUCAGACAGGAAGUCAAACGUCCUCCCAGCGGAUGUUGUCUUGCCUUUCCAUCCCGUUGAGGCGAGGUCAACGGUGGAGGCGCCCGGUGAAGAGGAGCUCCGAGCCUGGAGGUGGUACUUGGCCGCCAUGAGAUCCCUCCCUCUCUCUAUCGGCUCCCAAAUGCAGAAGGUAUUUUUCGCCCAUUCCAGAGAGAGAAAGGAAGGAACAGGGGAGUGCUGGCACCAUGGGAAUCGGGAUUGGGUCGUUAGAAUGCUCGCUCAUUGGUCCUCAACCGUGCUGUGGCAGGUCAUCGAAGACGACUUCGUGGCUUCGAGGCAGGAAGACAAGACCCUCAAAGGCGAAGACUUGAGCAGGUUUGCGGGGCACUGGCUCUCUUCUUCCCUGGUCACCCAUUCGCUCUCUCUCUCUCUCUAAAUUUUUUUCUUUGGGGCGUUUGGUUUCGCUGGUUCUGGUGGCAGGUGGGUGACGAUGGGUCAGCUGAUGUCGGCCAGCUUCGGCGAGACGCAGCUGUCGCUGGAGCACUGGCAGAUGGUGAAGGAGAUGGAGAGGCUGAGGAGGGAGAGGCUCAGCUGA